AAGACCUGUCGCUAGCAGCGCAUGGCAGCAAGUUAAAGCCCAUCCGAACGCGGUGGGAAGGCAGAGGGGGGGUGAGCAGCAUGGUUGCGGGAGGUGCGGUGCUGCAAGUGUGCAAGGGAGGAGGAGGAGGGUGCCAGGGUGUAGGGAGGCCGCAACUGGCGUGGUGCUGA